AUGGACGCGGGAACGCUUAGCGAGAUGCAUUCGAAUCUUCACGCAUUUUAUCCGAACGGAGCGCCGAAGCUGGUUUCCCGUCCACCAUCUGUGGCCACACUUGUUCCUGGUAUGGCUCCACCAGGAAUGGCAUCGGAUUAUGUACGUCCUCCUUCAGCUUUUAUUGGUCCCAAUGUCGUCAUGCCUCCUCCACCUUCACCGAAGCAGAAGGAAAUCAUCAGCUGGAACACACUUAGUCUGAUGUGUAGCAUGCAGGUUCUGUGCUCCUUGGCAAUUUUCGGUAUCGGUGUCGGUCGUAUGCUGGAAGGGGCAAAAAUGGGCGAUUGGAGUCGA